CUGAUUGGUGGUCGCUCCCGGAAGGACGGUGCUGGCGGGGAGGGAGGCCGGGGCUGCCAGUCGCCAUGGCCACAGCAACAGACCAGCUGGUUGGAUUCGGUUUGGUUGCUUUCAGCCUCGUCCUCUUUGUUUACUACACCCUCUGGAUCAUCGUACUGCCCUUCAUCGACAGCGACCACGGAAUCCACCGGUACUUCUUGCCUAGGGAGUAUGCAGUUAUCAUCCCCAUGGUGGCCGGGUUGCUGCUGCUGCUAUUUAUAGGUGUUUUCAUAAUGGUUGUGAUGUGGAAGAGCAGGAAACCUGUGAAGAAAUCAGAAUGAAGGCCCAGCUGAGAACGAUGAGGAGAAGGCGCCCACCCUGCGGCAUCGUAGCCAGGAAAAGACUUUGCCUGCAGCACCGGGCAGACGCCUCCUCUGGAGCGCUCGGCGCCGAACUGGCUGCGCUCUCCCACGUUCCUUCCUGCAGAGAUGAAGCCUUCUGUAGUUUACAACUUACUGACCAAAGGGAAGCAAAACUGACCUCUGGGGGCUCAUUGAGAGAGGGACCAGAGCCCCGGCUGUGAGGGACCUGCUCCCCAGCUGGGUCUGCCUGUAUCAGCUGUGCUUCGGACCGUGCUGGCUAGAGGAGCUGUUGGGGUCCAGCAGCUGUAACUACCAGAGUGCAAGUCAAGCCCUGCCUGCUGCUUGGCCUCUGGGUAAUCCUUCCCCUCUGCUCUUGCUGUGUCCAGUAGUUUGUUCCUUCUGGGGUUUUUUAAAUGUUUACAUAUGGUUUGUGGGGUUUUUUUUAAUUUCGUUCAAGUUUGAGGGGAAAGAAAUGAGACUUUGGGCUUGGAAAAGGCAGGCUUGCAUUCUCCAUUUGCCUGCUGGAAGGGCUAAUUGUGGUGCUGGUGGGCUCCUACCUUUCUAAAGAGGGACCCCUGUGAGGCCGGGCAUGCAGAGGAUGCAGGGACAGUGCCACGGCUGCCCUCUGCGUCCCCUCAUGCAGUCAUCCAGCUGAGGGGGUGGCGAGGAGAUGUCCUGGGUCACAAGGAAGCGUUCAGGGUGCAGUUCCCAUCACAGCUGUCAGCUGCUGGCUGGGUUCCUGCCCCUGGACAAGGUCCUGUCUGCCAGCUGGGCUGGGGCUGAGCAGGCAGGUGUGGUGGCACCCUGUCCUUUCCCCCUGGGGUUUCGUCUGCUGGCAGCAGCCGCUGCCCCGAGGUGUGGUGCCCUCGCGGCUCCCCCAGACCGCAGCGAGCAGGAUCACCCUCAAUAAAGGUCCACAAGGUCUCGG